UUUCACUGCCAGUUCGUGCCUGAGUAGAGGUCAGUAUGUCGGGCGGGCUUUUGUCUCCGUCCCUCGCUUCUGAUCAUGGUCAUACGUCCCUUUUGAGUCGGCAAAAGCUGGCCGCAUUCAUCUACGCAAUUCUACCAACAGCCUUUCGCGAUGCACCCAAGAAGACUCGACCCCUCGCGAGGACGGCGUACCUCGACGGUGUCCGCGGUCUAGCAGCCCUCGGUGUCGUCGUGCUGCACAUGGUCCUGGGGUUUUUCCCCAACUCGUCGUACGCAUACAAUGGGACUCCCGGUCGGGACUCCAUCUUUCAGAUGCCUUUCGUUCGACUACUAUAUACAGGUCAGCCCACGAUCUUCUUCCUCAUUUCAGGCUACGUCUUGUCCAUCAGCACGAUAAAGAAGUGCCGCAAUCAGGCUUGGGGCCCGUUGCAGCUGGACUUGAGCUCGAAAAUCUUUCGCCGGAUGUUCCGCCUCUAUAUACCCUCGAUCAUCGCCACGUUUAUCCCGAUGUUUAUGGUUAGCUUUGGGCUCUUCCCCGACGUUGCCAAGUUCAACGACGAGAUGCCGCACCAUACGUUCAAUAUGGCUGCCCGCGAGCCCACAUUCUUCCGACAGUUCUGGCUCUGGUGCAAGACGAUCCCGCCGCUCUUCUGGCCUUUCGACUGGGAAAACUUUUCCCAGAACUCCCCGUAUGCCUACCAACUGUGGACCAUUCCUGUCGAAUACCGAUGUUCGAUGAUACUUUUCCUUUUGCACAUCGGAUUGUCCCGAUGCCGAAGCAAGACCCGCCUCGUCAUAAACGGCAUCUUCUCUCUUUACUUCCUUGCCCUUGACAAGUGGGAUGUUUUCCUGUUCGUUGCAGGAGCUUUCAUCGCGGAAGUGGAUAUUAUUAGGGAAGAGGCGUCCGAAGCCCAGCUCCCGAAGUCAGAAACGGGGGAGACUAAGCUCCCCAGUGCGCCCCGGAAGUACCCAAAUCAAUGGCUGCUGGUGGGCGGUGUCAUUCUUGGCCUGUGGAUUCUGAGCGUCCCUGCCGCAGAUAUCUGGAACGCAUGGACUUUUGCUAUUCUCGAGACGUGGGCACCGAAAAAUUAUAAGGGAAUCUUCCGUUUCUGGGACGCCGUGGGCACCGUUAUCCUCGUCUGGUCGAUGACCGGUCUACCUUCGUUCCAGAGAUUCUUCACGCGCCGCAUCUUCCUUUACUUGGGGAAUAUUUCUUUCUCCCUCUACCUCACGCACACGAUCGCUCUCAAAUUUCUGCUAUAUCCCAUCAUGCCAUGGCUGUAUUUGAUUUUUGGCUACUCCACCCCUUUCCAGUAUGGCCUGUCUUUCGCCAUUGGCGGCUUCUUGACUGUCAUGCUUUCAUUCUGGAUCGCGGACGUUUUCCAGCGACACAUCGAGGAGCCUUCAGCCAGGUUCACGAAGUGGAUUAACACCAAGUGCUCGGCCUCCUGAGCAUGGGGCCCCGUCUCCAGUUAUAUCUUCGGCUACAUGUGACGCUUGUGCGACGCGAAUAUUGUACCUUUUGCAAAUAUCACCUGGGUAAACGCUAGGCUUGGGCAUCUUCUUUUUAUGGUGUUUCUAUAUAUAUGCAGGACCUUUCUUACCGUUAUCAAUUUUCUUUUAUUUCUUUUAUGAUCAAUUUCGCUUUUCUUUUUCCCAUUGGUUUACGCCUAUUUUCUUUAUGACUUCUAUUUUUUUGCCCAAGACCUUUUCCCUUUCGGCCCCUGCCCACAAGCUCUGAGUGUUGAUACAAUGCUGCUCUUCACCAACGUAAUCC